AUGUCACUCUUUUGGUCGAACUGUGAUGAAGGCAAAAUUUUCUACAACGAAGAAACUUUGCGUCAACUCAAAUGCGCGUGGAAUGCUAAUGCUGUCAGAGCGGCAAUGGGUGUAGAAUCUACUGGGUGUGGAAAGCCGGGUUAUCUGGAUCUUCCAAAUGUUGAGCGUGAUAAAGUUGAGGCUGUUGUGCAGGCUGCUAUUAAAUUGGAUAUGUAUGCUGUUGUUGACUAUCACACAGAGCAGGCACAAAACUCGCUGGCUAAAGCGAAAGAAUUCUUCACUUAUUUUGCUUCUAAAUAUGGAAAUUACUCAAACAUCAUCUAUGAGACUUUCAACGAACCUACGACUGACUGGAAGACUGCUAAAGCAUAUCACGAGCAGAUUGUGGCAACAAUCCGACAACAUGAUAAAAAUAAUAUGAUAACUCUUGGAACAUCUACAUGGUCACAAGAUGUGGAUAUUGCUUCUAGAGACCCUGUAAAUGGGGCAAAUCUUUGCUACACAUUGCACGUCUAUGCAGCUACUCAUAAGCAAAAUAUACGUGAUAAGGCUCAGGCUGCUCUAGAUAAUAAUGUUUGCAUUUUUGUAUCCGAAUAUGGAACUGUUGGAGCAACUGGUGGUGGAGGUAUGGAUACUGCAUCUAUGACUGAGUGGUGGACUUUCUGGGAUAAAAACAAAAUUUCAUACCUAAACUGGGCAAUUAGUAAUAAGGGAGAAGGAUCUGCGGCUCUUAAUCCAAAUACUGUUGCUUCGGAUGUAGGCAAUCCUGAUCAUUGGUCAGCAUCUGGAAAAUUUGUUCAGUCUCAUCUUAAAAACAUGGAUAACGGGGUCAGCUGUGAUGGAAACAAAGGAAAAUAUCCUUCAGGAGAUGAUGUAAUCACAACAACAAAAUCGUCCUCAAAGAAUAAAUACCCUUCGGGAGACGAAAUACCAUCAACUAAAUCACCUAAUAUGAUUUUAACAACAAAAUCGCCUUCAAAUGGAAAUAACAACAAUGGAAAAUAUCCUUCAGCACCCUCAAAUAAUAACAGCAACGGGAAAUAUCCUUCAGGAGACCAAGUAAUUACAACAAAAUCGCCCAAGAAUAACAAAGGAAAAAAUACCCCAGCACCUUCAAAGGACAACAACAUCGGAAAGUAUCCUUCAGGAAAUAAUGUAGUAUUAACGACAAAAUCGCCUUCAAAGGAUAACAAAUAUCCUUCAGCACCUUCAAAGGACAACAACAAUGGAAAAUAUCCUUCAGCACCCUCAAAUAAUAACAACAACGGAGGAUACCCCUCCGGAGAUAAUAUAAUCGGAACAACAACAUCACCUUCAAACAAUAACAAAUAUCCUUCAGGCCCCUCAAAUAAUAACAGUAACGGAAAUUAUCCUUCAGGAGUUGAUGUAACUACAACACAAUCGCCUUCAAAGGAUAACAAUGGAAGCUCAAGUAAUGGCAGUGAGGGUCAAAAUUCCAUUAGCUUAACAGCUGAAGAAAAUGGCAGCUGGGUUAGCGGUGCGAACUUCAGACUGGUCUUCAAAAAUAAUGGCAACGUUAAAGCAUGUGCAUUAAAAUUAGAGUUUCACCGGAAGUUCCGGUUCCGGUUCCGGUUCCGGAAAGUUCCGGUGUUUUUUUGGUUCCGGUUCCGGUUCCGGGAACCGGAACUCAAAUUGGUUCCGGUUCCGGUUCCGGCUCCGGUUUACAAAUCGGUUCCGGCCAAACCGGAACUUUUUUACACCCCUAAAGAUUGA